GUGGCCUUGACAUAGGACUUGCACACAAACCGCAGGCUAAAUAGUUAAUAAAAUUACAUCUCCAUUUUGUCUCUUUCACUUGGUGCGAGGAGCAACUUCAGCUUCUUCUUUUCCUUCUACUGCUUCAUCAUCUUUUUGGAACUCGCAACGUUUUGCAAGUAAAAUCAUCAUAAAAGGGAAUUAUAGGAGGCGUUGUCGUUGCGAGUAACCCGUCACCUCGCAGAGGCGUCGCAACAACUGAGCCCCGGCCAUGCAGCCGCAGCAGCGUCUCCUCAAAGUGCUGGUGAUCGGCGACCUAGGGGUGGGCAAGACCUCCAUCAUCAAGCGCUACGUGCACCAGGUGUUCUCCCAGCAUUACCGGGCCACCAUUGGCGUGGACUUUGCUCUCAAAGUGCUUCAGUGGGACCAUGGCACAGUGGUGCGUCUGCAGCUGUGGGAUAUUGCCGGACAAGAGAGAUACGGCAACAUGACCCGUGUUUACUACAAAGAGGCCGUCGGCGCGCUAGUGGUCUUCGACAUGACCCGCAUCUCCACUUUUCAGGCUGUCCUCAAGUGGAAAGGAGACUUGGACUCCAAGGUUGCCUUGAGCAACGGGAGGCCGGUUCCGGCUGUCCUGUUGGCUAACAAGUGUGACCAGCGGCGUCUCGGUUUGUGUCCCAAACUCCCCAAACUGGAGAAGUUCUCCAGGGAUUAUGGCUUUGUGGACUGGUUUGAAACCUCCGCCAAGGACGACACCAACAUCGACGCGGCUAUCUUGUGCUUGAUAAAGAACAUCAUGGCGGCCGAGGAGGAGCGGGCGUCCAGGAGCGAGACCGACGGCGGUAUCUUGGUGCUGCCGCGCAUGGACUACGGCGCAGGCGAUAAACCACUGUCUGGAUGCUCCAAAUGCUCCGGACUCAAGACUCGUGACAAACAUGGCGACUAAGUCUCAAACCAGAGACUGACGGGACAUUUGAAUGACUAUUUGUCUCGUCGCUAUGGACGCUUCUCAUCCGGAGUGGCGCAAAGAUUUCAACGCAGCGGUGCCUUGAGAAACCAGCGCACUUCUGAUCCGCGCCUCUAGAUGGCGCAAGUAAAUUUCACAACAGCAAUUGACGUUUCCUUGCGGUGGAAGGAAAGACUACAUCAGUACGUAACGCUAUUGCACCAUUAAGUUGCUUUGUUUUACAAAAAAAAAUUUGGGCUUACAUUUUCUACAGUUUAUAUGGACAGCAAAUAUUAUUACUGUGUGUAAAAAUAUCGGAGAAAACCUCCUGGAUGUUUUUUUUUUUUUUAUGGGGGGGGGGGGGGGCAAUUACAGAUUAAUUGCUUUUCCAUUCAUUUCAAAUAACCCCGUACGAGUUAUUGUGUUCCUCGUUAAGCACAGCAUGCUCUGUUGAAUAUUACUUUCGGAAGAUCCACCAGCUGACAUUUCUGUUGCCGAUCGAGAUCAGAGAGUAAGGAAUGAAUGAAUGAUUGCUGAGGCGCUGACACUAAUUUCCUACUUUGUGAUUUUUAGUGGGAAUGUAGCUGCUGAAAAAGAAAUUUCAAAUCCAACUUACCUUUCCAAUAAAAAAUAAAACUGCUCGCUGGCUGA